AUGGCGGCGACCAGAGCUCAAGCAGAGGCCUCCCACUCGACGCCCUCUUCAACUCCGGCCAAGGAUGUGAGCUCCACGCCACCGACAGGGUCCGCCGCGCCUGCUCGCCGCACCACGACCAGGACCCGCAAGAUCCCCAGCCGCCUGCUGCCCUCGCCUUCUCCUCCACCCUCUCGGCCAAGCUCUUACCACAACCCGAGCAAGGCCGCAAGGGGUGGUAAAGAGGGCGGAAGCCUUCCCACCACACCCAUGACCAACCCCGGCGGCAGCAUGGGCGGCAGCAGCAGGGCAAAGAAGAGUUCGCGCAACAGCGUCGGGUCGGCUGCCAACACCCCUGCCUCUGGCACCGAGCUUGGCACCUCGAGCAGCGCGCUCGCGGACGGAGAUGAAGAUACCUCCGCCGAGACUCUUGGACUCGGAAAGAGGAAGAGACGGCCCAGCUCAAUGAUCCAAGCGCCUUCGACCUUGACCGCAUCGGACGCACCAUCGCCUUCGGCGCAGCAAGUCGGCAAGGGCAAGAAGCGAUCUGACACGACCAGUGCCGAACUCGAGAAAGAUCGCGGCUCCGUGACUCGUGGCGUUCCGCCCAGCACAACCGCCAAGUCUCGCGGGCGGCUCUCGCGAGGUGGCAGCGAGAGGAGAUCCGGGCAGUCCGCUCUGUUGGAGCAGAACCCGGACGACUCCGACGGGGGCUUCUAUGCUGGUUCGGCAAUGGAAGACUCGGACUUGGAGUUGGAGGUACCGACGGCGCAGCAUCGAGCCCUGAGCUCUUCUGGCGGCCUCCAGCUACCGGGAUCUCUGCAGGAAUCGGAACUCUCGCCACCUCCCCUGCUGCCGAGGUGCGGGUCGGCCGCCCGCAUCCGUAUGCCUCGGGAACUGGCGCAACCGGCCACAUUUACCAAGGGUGGCCUCGUCAGCGUCUCGCCCGACUCCUCCGGCAAGCGGGCCAAGUCUGGCCUACAGGUCUUUGGCGGCCACUGGGGCAGUGGUUGGUCGCCGCACCGCGCGCCCGGUUGUCUGCCCAAGGUCGGCAACAACGGUGCCUCCACCUCGUCUUCGCAACACCCCUGGAGGAUGCAUGAGGACCGCUCGGCAGCUGGCGACGGCUACCUCAAGGUGUCCGGGCCGCGCAACGGCUUCGCCGCUUUCGACCGUGGCUUCAACUUCGCGGCUGCGCCGCUCGGGUCCGGCCAAGUUCUCUCCGACGUAGGCUCGGAUCAAGAGGACGAUGAGGAGGACUUCCACCAAGCAAUGCUCGACGGCGACUUCGACAUGUUCGACUCUCAAAAGUCUGAAGGCCGGGCCUGGGCACCGGCUCUGGACCACAAGGGCGAUGCAAGCUACGCGGACGACACGCCGGCCACCACUCCGCGGAGCCCUCAGUCUCACUGCGAGAUGUCGAUGCCAGACAGCCCGGGCUCGCUCAGCGACAACGGCAAGGCCAGGGCCGACAAGGAAGGCUCCUCCGACUCUGCCAGCGCUCGCGCGGCUGCUUUCGCCGCCGUCCAGGACGCCGUCUUUGCCCAUGCCCUGCCCACGACGCUGGUUGGUGCCGACAAGCCUCACCAGCACGCGGGCUCCUUGACGCUGUCGUUGCCCUACUCGCCCGACGUCGUCGCCUCGCCGAAGCUGCGCCAUGUCGAAAAGGAGACCGCCAUGGACAUCGACGCCGACAAGGCCGACUCGGCGACCGACUGCUUCGCUACGCCCAUCGUGUCCCGUCGACUCCACGUGCCUGGGACUGAGGCCAAGGCGGCUGGUAUCCCGAUGACGAUGAAGUUCGGCGGCCUGGGCGAGGAUGCUCCCGGUGCAUCGCAGUUCUUGCAGUUCAGUCCAGGCAUCGAGAUGGACUCGCCGCUACUCGGUCUCGAACUGGCUGCUGGCAAGGCCUCAGAGCCCAGCAGCCCUUUGGUGAUGGCGGCCGCCAACGAAGGAGCGAUCGAUGCACCCGCUGCCAUGUCGUUGGACGAAGCGGCUGCGCCCAAAGCUGGACCUGCGCCGAAGCUCAGCACUGCGGCUCCUGCCGCCGUAGUCAGCAAGGUGGCCGAUCCGAGCCCCACCGCAGCACCUGCCUCGAACGCCUCAAACGCCUCAAACGUCGUGGAAGAGGCCAAGCCAAGCAGCAACACAAUGCUCGUGCGAAGGACUGCGCCUAAUCACCCGCCUCCGCGGCACAUCAGCUUCACUGUCCGCAGUGUCGAUCCGAUGCCUGUGUCCACCGGUCCCUCGAGGAUGGUGGUACCGCCCAGCCGCCCGGCGAUGCCGCUCCAGAUGCAGAAGCCGGCUCCGACCCCGAGCCUGCCACCUCCACCGCCACAGCCCCAGAUGGCGGCCACGACGACAACGACGGGGGCGGCGCCUGCGGCGACGGUUUCGGCGGUGACGACCCCGGCCAUGGAUCGAACGCCGGAGCUGGUCUACAGCGGGGGCAGCACGUCGUCCGAGGCUAGCUCCGGCUCCGCGAGCCCUGCGUCGCGGACGGACAGCGACAUGGCUGCAGACGCCGAGGUCGAGAGCCUGCUCUUCGGCCCGCCGGAGAAGCUCGACCUGCGCGAGCUCGAUCAGGUGUGGGGCGGGCCUGCACAGACUCAGGUCGAGGCCAGCGGCCUUGUGUCGAAGCCGGACGUCAAGGCCAACCUCUCGGCGAGCUCGACCCCCGCAGCCGCCAUGACGACCAGCCUUCGCCGCGCCAAGGUCACUCACCUGCAACACCUCGACCUGAUGUCCAAGCAGGGCGGAGCGUAG